ACAAACCAAUCCCAUCGAUCAUUACGUAAGUGUAUGCUGCUGGAGAUACAGUAUCUGUCCGCUAAAAUGCUCAAGUAUAUCCUUAGCUUUCUCGUAUUAUGUGGCAUAGGAAUUUAUGCCGAUAACCUUAUACCGGCGUUACCGGAGGCCAAAGCCCUUCUCGAUGAGAAAUCCAUCCAGAAGCGAUUGGAAGUGUUUCUCAAUUCCAGCCAAGGCGCCGGUUUGAAGGAGAUGAUGAAACGUGUGGAGGCCAUGAAACCAGAGGAGAUUAAAGCGCUGAUCAACGAGACGUUUUCCAAUAACUCCACCGCACUGCGCCAGGCCAAACAAUUCGGUUUUGGAUUUGGAGGUUUUGGUGGAGGUUUCGGUGGAGGGAAUUCGUUGCUGCUGGCGUUGUUACUGCGUGAUCGCCAUCGUGAUCACGACUGGCCGCGUCCCAUGCCGCAACAGAACAAUCAGCCGGAUUUCGCCUCAUUAGCAACAUUGACGCUUUUGGGUAUAGCGCUCAUCUCCCGAUUUCCCACUCAAGGCUAUCUUAUGCAGAGAAAGACGUUUGGUAUUCUGGGCAUUGUAGCUGUGACCUUUCUAAUUGUCAUUAUGUCUUAUGCCAUAUCCACUCGCCGUUUAACUUCGUCGCAGGGUUCUGGUUUACUGUGGCAUCUCAUUCGCGAACACGAAGAACCAAGCGCAUAUUCGGUUUCUGCUAGCCAAAAGUCAAAAAUGGGCUACGCAGUUUUCGGAAGUAUCGCAUGCUGUCUGCUGAUACUAUUGUGUUGGUGUUGUACGUCGCCGGUGGCUGGAAGGUCACUCGCCCCUGACAGCAACGAUCCCCUUCAAAAUACUAUCAAUCAUCACCAAGCCCGGAAUAAUUCGGACCACAAACACCGUUUCAAGCUUCCACCAGCAUACCGACAGACGCUGAAGCGUCUCUUGAAGCUCUUAAUGAAGAACGGUACACUGCAGUUACCGGAAGGAUUUAAUCUGGCCAAUGUCACCGCCCAACUGGCUAAUGUUACCGGGGAUGUGCGUAGCGGGCGGCAGUUUGGUGGUGGGAAUGGAGAUAAUUCAGCGCUGAUUGCGGCGCUGUUAUUGUUGGAUGACGAUGAUGAUGGCUUUGGUGGGGAUGAUGACUGGGGAUACGGUGGAUAUGGAGGCGGUGGUGGUGGAGGCGGUGGAAGUGGAGGAUCGUCCGGCGGCGGAGAUGACAUGAGUCAAAUGCUACCGUUCCUGCUACUGGGUUUGGCACUGCUAGCGCAGUCACCAACACAAGGCUAAAGUUUCUUACAACACUAUGUCGUGAUCGUGACUGACUCUUCAUGGAAACAUUCUUAUAUCUCUGACAUCUAUAACAAAUGCCAGAUAACCAUAUAAUAAAUUUUCUGUCCUCUCGUCUGUGUUUACUUAUCUAUCUUCCUUACUUCCGGUACCUGUUUUAUAAAUGUUAAAUUGAAAUAUGUAUAUGGGCUUAUCGUAUUUCUGUCUUCUCUGUUUAAUGAAUCUCGCCAUGUAUUAGAGGGGAUACUUUGUGUGUUUAGGUAUGCACGGUAUUUCUUCUCCACCAGACUGCCCAGAUCUAAAGGUUUUGAAAUUUAAAAUAAAGAACAGAAAAAUAUC